AGGUCCCCCACAAGAAUGAGCCUCUUACCAAUUUCUCUGAUGCACUCAUCUUUUCCACGUCUGCUUUUGUGUUCACAGAACAUCAUCAAGAAGGUGAUCGGGCAGAAGUUUGUGUAUAAAUUCGUCUCUUUCCCGGAGAUACUGAAAAUGGACCCUCACGCGGUGGAGAUCAGCCGGGAGAGCCUUUUGCUGCAGGACAGCGAGUGCAAGGCGCCCCCCGAGAGCCGCGAGGCCCACAGACACGGCCUGUCCGCCCUCAAGAGCGCCAGCCGCAAUGAGUACAUCCACUCGGGCCUGUACUCGUCCUUCACCAUCAACUCCCUGCAGAAUCCACCCGAGUCCCUCAAGGCCAUCAAGACGGAGAAACUGGAGGAGCAGCCGGAAGACAGCCCUCCCGUGGAAGAAGUCAGGACUGUCAUCAGGUUUGUGACCAACAAAACCGACAAGCACAUCAGCAGGCCCGUGGUGUCCCUGCCCUCCACGUCGGAGGCCUUCCUGGCCUCGUCCGUCUCCGCCAAGAUCUCCUCGUUAAUGUUGCCAAACGCUGCCAGCAUCUCGUCUGCCUCACCCUCCUCCUCUCGGUCCCCGUCCCUGUCCCCGAACUCGCCCCUCCCCUCCGAACACAGAAGCCUCUUCCUGGAGGCCGCCUGCCAUGACUCGGAUUCCCUAGAGCCCUUGAACCUGUCAUCGGGCUCCAAGACCAGGUCUCCAUCUCUUCCCCCAAAGGCCAAAAAACCCAAAGGCUUGGAAAUCUCCGCGCCCCCGCUGGUGCUCUCCGGCACCGAUAUCGGCUCCAUCGCCCUCAACAGCCCGGCCCUUCCCUCGGGAUCCCUCACCCCAGCCUUCUUCACCGCCCAGAGCACCUUAUUGACAUCACAAAACCACCGAGGGGCUCCUCCUAGUCAGCAAAGGUACAAAACCACCCUGGCCAGGGCGUUUGGCUCCGCUGAGAAUAAAAGCCAUGCAGACUUGCCAGCUGGGGCGACACCAAAUGGACUGCUUCUGACCCCGAGCCCACUGCUCUCCAGCAUACACUUCUGGAGCAGCCUUAGUCCAGUUGCUCCGCUGAGUCCUGCCCGGCUGCAAGGGCCAAACACGCUGUUCCAGUUCCCUACACUGCUUAAUGGCCACAUGCCAGUGCCAAUCCCCAGUCUGGACAGAGCUGCUUCUCCAGUACUGCUUUCUUCGAACUCUCAGAAAUCCUGAUGACAUCUGGCCACAAUUAAAGACUCAUUAACUGAUGAAACAAAUUUGUCCCCAUGGGCUAGUUUACCUGUGUCGUGAGAAGGACGUUGUGAAACCCGUCUGUUAAUUUGGUUUGCACUUUUCAUAACAUGGAUGGUCUAGAUUUAUGUUAGCAUUUAAAAAACUUUUAUAUUCAAGUAUAUAUGAAAAUCUGUUUUGCAUUAAGUGAAUUUUAAUGUUUUUGUUUUUAUAUCUUCUUAGCUCUUAAGUGUUGAACACUGUUGACAGUGAAGAACUUUUCUUAAUGGUUUUCAAUGUAACUAAUAAGGAUGUGAAGCUUUUUUCCUCUUUAAUUCUGCAUAUGCUGAACUGUGCUUAUAUACACUAUAACCAGCUGUGCCUUCCUUUUCAUUUAGUUUAAUGUAAAUGAUUUAUAUAUUUUUUAGUAUUAAGAGAAAUUGUUUGAAAGACAAAAAUUAGUAUCAAACAGCUCUCUAGUAGAAUUUCAUUAUUUUUCACAAGUAGGCAAUAUGAAAGCAGAUUCAUAUUUUUCUUUUUUGCUUUCAACUGUAUGAGAAUUGCCUUAGAACCGCUUUUGAACUGAAAUUCAGUGAAUAUAAUGUCCAAGUAAUGUUUUUAUAAGAAAAAACUAAGCCAUAUUUAGACAAACUUUCAUAAAAGAAAAUAUUCUAAAGUGCAUUUUUUUGAGACAUGAAUGUUGAAAGGCUAGCUUCCUGUUUACAAUCUUUUAGACUCCUUCCAAACAAAAACCUGAGAUGGAAAAGCUAUAUAAAGUUCACUCUAUCCGUGCCCCUGGAAUAUUUCCUAGUUUAGCACAUUCUUGUUUA